AUGAAGACUCAAAAAAUUAUUUUUUUCUCGAACAGUGUUGAUUAUUCAGUCCCUGACUCUUUUUCUCAAAUCUUUGGCUAUGCUUUUUCUGAAGAGAAUAUCAGAGAAACAAUUAAUGGAAUUAAUAGCAAAAUUUCCUCCAAUAAAAGUGGUGGUGUGAUUGCUAGAUUUAAAGCUUAUGGAUCGCCUAUUAAUAUUAUGGAUAUAAAAUGUUAUGAAAGAUUCAAAACAGUUAAUGAAAAUUUAUGGGGGAAUGAAAACAGAUGGAAUUUUUCGCAACGUUGGAGAGAACCUGAUCAAAUUAUUUUAAAUAUAACAUCUAAUAGUACAUCAUCGCCAAAUGAAUUCUUUUAUAAUUAUUUUGGAAUUGUUUUUCAUGAAGUUGAAAUUAAAUGUCCAAGAUUUGACUGGGCUCGUUUUUCUCAUAAUAUGAGUCCAAUACCUCGUGGUCAUUUAGUUAUUCUUGAAUUUUCUAUAAUGAUUAAAAAAUCUUAUGAAUCCCGACACCCUUCUGAUAUUGAAACCAAAAAGUCACAUUAUCCGUUUGUAGUUGAAAAGUUGAAAGUUAAUACGAUGCUUUCAGAUAUCGGAGGUUUAUAUGCUGCAAUAGCAGCAAUAAUUGCCUUAUUUUUGGGGUCUCCAAGACAUUCCCCAUGGUAUGGUUGGUGUCAAACUUUUAUGUGCUGGGGGUCAUUUCGUCGGAAUUUUAAACGUCAUUUUGCGAGCUGUUAUAUUUCCAGAGCUGGAAUCCCACUUAUUGAUGAUCCACGCAAUUUACCUCCUGGUGCUACUAUUGAACAUCGAAUGGCUAUAUUAGAAAAUUUGUUAAAAGAAUAUUAUCUCGAUGCAAGCUUUUUAGAAGUAAUAACAAAUACACGUAAUAAAUAUAUAUUUUAUGACAAGGAAUACAAAAAGAUUGAAACAGAAAGCAAUGAAGAUUUAGACACUGAUGAAAGAGAUGAUUCGGAAUAUAGAGCACUUAUUGAAAGCAACAAUGAUGAUUUAAAUGAAAUUGUUUAA